AAAUAAAGAUGGAGUUUUAAUGAAGUAAGUGGAAGAAUCUUGGGAGGAGCUUAUAUCAGCCAUGUCUGUUCAGAUAAAAAAAGAGCCAGGCUCUGGUGCCAGCACUAGUGGUACAAGUUUGUCUGGAACACAGGUAGAUAUAAAGAAAGAACCAGGAAUAAAUAGCAGCCAAAACUCAGUCUCUGCUAAAGCACAGCUGAUUAGUAAAAUCAAGCUAACACUGAUGCAAGCAUGGAGGGACCGCUGGACAGAAAUUCAGUGGGCCAUCCAGUUAAAGAAGCUCAUGGCAGCUUACUCGUCUGAAUCUGUGGAUGUUGCUGAAAUUCUGAUGCAGCAGGCACUUGUUGGAAGUAGUCCUAACUCACUGAUCCUUUCUUACCUAAAACACAGUGUGCUUUCUUUGAUGAUUCCAUUCAACACUGUGCUAAAGUAUAUCACUGAGUUUGAAGACUUUUCCAGACCGUACUGUGUUCUAGCACUUUUAAACCUUGCAGAAAUGUUUGGAUCAAAGAUCAGCUUUAGCCCAUGUCAAGAUUCACCCACACAACUGGUACGCACAGUGCUCAGUCUGAUACAUUGGCUAGUCAAGGCACAGUUGGUCUGCCUGCAGCGCCUCCAAGAGUCCCGGUCAGGCCAAUUACCUGCCGAAUACUUUGUUAUUAUGGACAAUGCAAGUCGUGCUAUUGGGAAUAUACUUGAGCGCAGAACAGUUUGUAGUCUGAUGCAGAUAGCUAGAAAUGAUGACCCCGAGGCUUAUAGGGAGUUUGAACAGUGUGAGCUAAAUGUCAGAGGAACACUCAGUCAACUGUCAAGAAGUGCAAUAUCUGACGAAACUAAGGACAAAAUUAGCUCAGCUCUGUCUCUUCUAUCAAAAAUCAAUGGGGCACCUGCUAACUUGGAGCCAGUGUUGGAGAUCAUGCACUCGCCCAUUUACCCAACAAUCAAUGGCCUUGUUACACUAGAAGCCAUACUCAACUCCAGCAGUGAGAUUCAGCCAUUUGUGGAUCAGAUUCUGGUUGUUUCAAGGCUUAUGAAACUGCCAAUGCCACAAAUGUGUUUGGAGAUAUUCCGCGCCUGUUUCAUGGGUUUCGUCGACUCCAAUGAGUUUGGUGAGGACUAUCAGUGGGCGACUUUCACAUUUUUAAAAGUGCCGCGUAUAAUCGUCUGUAUAAAGCAGCAGAUGCCAGACUGGGAUAUGGAGACAGACAUUGAGAAAGCUCUUGAGAUGUUGCUAGAGCUGUCCCACCUCCUAGACCAGACAGACAUCAAACAAAAUUUUGACAUGUUCGUGCAGUUUAUCAUCGAACUCCACAAAGCCAAUAUUAUCACAGAAACACAAAAAAUAUCUUUUAGUCAGAAAAGAUCAGAGCAGCGAAGUCGCCUCCGUCCUUCUGAUAUAUCUGGCACCAAUGAGGGUAAAAACUUGAGUCGAGUCACACAUGCUGAAGCAACAGUUACCAGCAUCUUAAAGGGAAGUGCAACUUUGGACAGGAUGUUGAAGUCCUUAGAUUCUGAUCCACAAAAAAACUCAGAUUCAAUGGUCAAGGUGUUGACUAUCAUGCUACAGAGCCACAGCCUUGAAAUUUUGCGUCUUGCUGCUGCAAGUACUGGGAGGCUCCAGGACUUUUUGUAUAAACUUAUUCGUAUCAAUGAGCUUGCCUCACAGACCACUAGUGAGUCCUUGAAAAUACCAAACAGGAGUCAAAUGUUUGAUGUGACGUUUCUCAUGAUCACAAGUAUCUUCCAGCAGAAUGGCAUUGGGAUAGCACUUGCUAACAAAGAAAAUGAAUACUCCCUGGUUGUUCAAUGGGCGAAAAAAUGGCUGCCAGAGGAAGGGAAAUAUAAAAAUGUGGAGUUUUCAGACGAGCAGGAGAAAAUAGACUGCAUACUGAAUCUUAUGAUGAAUUAUUCUGAAAUUGUUCCAUGUUUAUCGAUCAGUGGAUGGAAAGAGCUGAUCAUGUUGCUGCCGUAUGCAAUGCAGGAGAUUCUGUUUGCUCUGGAACACAUGUCUCUUACACUGGAGAAAGUCAAGUCCAUCAUUGACCACAUCCGCAAGCAGAAUGUAAAGAGCUUGAUCCUGGUGUGCACGACGUACCUGUGUAGCUACAUGAAUAUGGUGGGCGCUAGCGCCAGAGCCAAGCCUCUCAAGAUGCUGGAGUUCUUCACAGCAUCCUUGGGCAUUGAAGGGAAGCAACCCAUUCAAGCUAUUAUAGACAACAUAAUCUUUGAUAUACUGCCCGAGGGCCAUCCUCAAAGGCCACUGAGGCCUUAUCUUUUGACUGGCAAGAAACUGACCAGCGAGAUCAUGAAUGACACGCUGAAAGAUUCGUUCCAUCGAGGCUGGCUGAACCUGGCGUCCUUGCACACACUGGAGCAGCUGCUGGUGUUUAGAGGGCCUGACUGGUUCUGUGGUGAAAUGGUGGAGCAUCUGUUGAAACAGAACCACAUUGAUGACGCAUCUCAGUCUCUUAGCCUGGCUUUCGCGAUCAUGCACAUGGACCUGGAGCGCAUGACCAUAAGUUUACUACGUCGGGUGCUGCCGCGCCUCUUGUCCACACCAAAAACCAAUGCACUGACUGACCCCAGGGGCCACUGUUUAGCCAAGCUUUGUGUGCUCAGCAUAACAGCCACGCAGAGGUCAAAAAUUGGUCAGAAAGAACCUUACAUCAGACGGCUACACAAGCGCAGCCUUGUUGAUCUGGAUUUAGACGAGGAUUUAGAUGAUGGCGACACAUCCCCAGCUAAACUUAGAAAGCUAUCAGAACCUCAGCUUAGUCUAAGUUUGGAGGAGUUUAAUUUAGCGGCCAUUGCUGACAAAGAAGAUGGUGAAGUGAUGCCCUCAUUUGACAUGAAGGAGCCAUUAAACAAAGCUUUAGUGAAUCUCUUCCUAAUGAUGAACACCAUUCUGAUGAAUCGCACCCUAACACCACGAACCUGGUUCAUUGUCUCAUUUAUUCAAGAAGCCAUCAAAUGUGGAGGGGCUCAUACACGCUUCAUAUUUCAAUUCAUGCCCCAAAACAUGCUAAAUCAAGUUAUGCGAUCAUUGCCUGGCGUGUUUUCUGACGAUCAUAUCCUGAGGAUUUGUGAUCUGUCGACCAUUUCUGGUAGAAAAAUGGCAGCUAAAGCCAUUUGUAACAAUGCUCAUAUUUCAGAAUUAAACUUGCUGGAUUAAACCAUUAUAUAUAUAUAGUUAAUGAACUAUGAUGUAUGCAUCAAUUCCUGUGUAAAUUUGUUGAAUAAAACCAAUACA